CGCACACACACACGUCGGGUCCGCCCGCUCCACAUCAGCUUCUCCUCGAUAAUGGGCAUUUUCCUCAGACAGAAGAACAUCUGGAUUCGGCUCUGCUCUCUGGUUUAAAGAAGACUUUUACUCAUGGAUGUGUAUCGUGUCAGCUCGAGGACUUUCCCCGUGUCACAUUAAUGCUUCACUGUGUGGAGAGACUAUGUGUUCUUCAGGAUGGGUGCGAACAAUGGCAAACAGUAUGGAAGUGAAGGGAAGGGAAGCUCCAGUCUCUCCUCCGAUGUGAGCUCCGGCACGGAUCACACACCCACCAAAGCUCCCAAGAAUGUGGCUACCAGUGAAGAUUCAGACCUUAGCAUGAGGACGCUUAGUACUCCCAGUCCGGCCCUCAUUCUGAGCCCAAACCCUUCCCGCGUCUCCCCUCAAUCAGUCCCAAACGGCCAUGAAACCUCCUCCACCUCCUUUCCCAUCCCGGGGGAAACUGUGGCUAUGGUUCACCCGCCUCCAGGCACUCGCUCACGGCCUUCAAAAGCCCCUCACACCGCCCUCAUUGACAUCCUCCCCGACCCCGUUUUACUCCACGUCUUGUCUUACCUGUCCACGCCUCACCUGUGCCGCUGCGCUCGAGUGUGUCGCCGCUGGUAUAACCUGUCCUGGGACCCACGGCUCUGGAGCUGCAUUCGUUUGACCGGAGAGUCGCUGAACGCGGACCGGGCCCUGAAGGUGCUCACCCAUCGGUUGUGUCAGGACACUCCCAGCGUGUGUCUGACGCUGGAGACGGUGGUGGCCAGUGGCUGUCGGAGGCUGUCGGACCGCGGGCUGCGUGUGAUGGCCCGGUGCUGUCCCGAACUGAGGUGUUUGGAGGUCGCAGGCUGCUAUAAUGUGUCCAAUCACGCGGUGUUUGAUGUGGUGUCCAAGUGUCCCAAUCUGGAGCAUUUAGACGUAUCAGGCUGCCCUAAAGUGACGUGCAUCAGCCUGACAGAGGAGACAUGCCUCCAGCUCACUCCUCUUCACGGACAGCAGAUCGGCCUGAGACACCUGGACAUGACGGACUGUGUCUCACUGGAGGAUGAAGGCUUGAGGACCAUCGCAUUUCACUGUCCGCAUCUCACACACCUUUACCUGCGUCGCUGCAGUCGCAUAACAGACGAGUCCCUGAGACAGCUAGCACUGCGCUGCUCCGCUUUACGCGAGCUUAGCCUCAGCGACUGCCAUCUGGUGGGAGACUUCGGCUUGCGUGAGGUCGCUCGACUCGAGGGACGCCUACGCUACCUGAGCGUAGCACAUUGUAUGCGCAUAACAGACGUUGGAUUGCGUUAUGUAGCACGCUACUGUCCGCGGCUACGCUACCUGAAUGCGCGGGGCUGCGAGGGGCUAACGGACCAGGGUUUGAGCCAUUUAGCUCGCAACUGCCCCCGAUUGCGCUCUAUCGAUGUCGGCCGCUGCCCGCUGGUGUCGGACGCUGGGCUAGAAGCGUUGGCACGCGGUUGUGAAGGCCUACGAAGGCUCAGUCUGAGGGGUUGUGAGAGUUUGACGGGGAGAGGGCUAAUGGCGCUAGCGGCGGGAUGCCCCGAGCUACAGCUACUAAACGUACAGGAGUGUGAUGUGCCACCUGAGGCGCUUCGACUCGUCCGACAGCACUGCAGACGCUGUGUAAUCGAGCACACCAUACCUGCUUUCUACUGAGGGGACGGGGUGUCGACCUCUGAAAAAUAGAUGUUUAUACUUUCUGCAUUCCUACGACUGCCUGAAAAGAUGCAACAUGGCGGAUGUGUCUCAAAACCUUGCGCAGAGGUGCUUAAUCCUGCUCUUGGAGGGCCACCGGGCUGAGGUGUGUUUCCCAAAAGCAUCAUUAGCCAACUAUGUUCCCAAGUUUCGUCGUUAUCAACAGUUCAACGAGUCGAUGUUUCCCGAAACCAUCAUUCGCAAACAGCGUCGCAGAUUUGUGUGGUUAGCCUGUGGUUAGAAGCAGUUUCUUGUUUUCAUGACAUCUGGACUUAAUAGAUCCACAUCUUGAGCAAAAUAAGCAAGCUGACAUUCAGUACAAUCUAUAUCUUUUAUUUAGAAUACAAUUGUAAAUUACGUCUUUUAGUUUGCUAAGAGAUUUAAAGCACCGUUUUUGGAGAGUGCGCAUGUGUGAACGUGUACUAGUGCGCAAGAACGAGCCUAUGAUUGAAUCUGGAAAUAAAGCAAAACAAUAUAUUCCUCAGAUGCAUGUCCGCAAGUUAUAUCAAAACAUCUAGCAUUAAUUCGAUCUCAAACAGUUUCGUUAAAAUAAGUUUUUACUCCACCACGUGCAUGACAUCAUUAACCAAUGUGGUUGAACGACCAUUUUGCGACAGUAUGGUUUCGGGAAAUAGUCGUGAUUAGCUAGAAGAUUUCUUCAACGAUUUAUCGUACUAUGGUAGUGAAGCAGCGGGUUACGGUGUUGUACGGGAAACACACCCCAGCAGAGUUUAGCUUCAAUAUUUUGAUUGGCUGGUUCAGGAGUGUUUAAUUAAAGUUGAGGUUAAAACUUGCUUAACAGUGUUGACCUAGUGAGUCGAUUCAAUGUCUAUACAGCCGUGUUUCACCAACAGGGUACAAUGGGUCACCUUAAGAAAAAAAUUGCUUUUUAUUCCCAUUGAGUUGACUUGCUGUCUACUGGAAUUCUUGAGCAACUCGUUUCCACCAAAAAAGAACUGGUUUGGAACUGGUGCAACUUGCGAAACCUUCUCAGAUCCGGUUUGUUUUACCACUGACUAGAGAGCCCAGCGAACAACGUUGUUACGUCACUGUGUAUGCCGCCAUACGUCUUGGCUUUCCCAUUCCCGUCGUGUUGUUCGUCACAAUAACCCCCACUCCCACUGUAAGCAAUAAGCAUGACGUGGUAAAAGAACGGUUCUAGUCCAGCAAAGAGUUGGUGCCACUUUGCAACCAAUUCA